AUGAGGAACUCUGGACCAAAGACCAGAGAACCUCAAUCAGGUUUAAACUCCCUGAAUAAUGAUGAGGUUUCUGUUAGUGAUUCAAAAUGUAGUUCUAGUCAGAAACCAUUAAGCUGCUCUAAAUGUGGGAAAAGAUUUCACCUCAAAGGAGAUUUUAAGAAACACAUGUUCACUCACACAGGAGAGAAACCUUUCAGCUGCUCGGUCUGUAAAAGAUCUUUUGCACAGAGCGGAACUUUAAAGAGACACAUGUUAACUCACACAGGAGAGAAACCCUUCAGCUGCUCAGUCUGUAAAAGAUCUUUUGCACAGAGAGGACUUUUAAAGAGUCACAUGUUAACUCACACAGGAGAGAAACAUUUCAGCUGCUCAGUCUGUAAAACAUCUUUUGCACAGAGCAAUCAGUUAAAGAUUCACAUGUUCACUCACACAGGAGAGAAACCUUUCAGCUGCUCAGUCUGUAAAAGAUCUUUUGCACAGAGAGGACCUUUAAAGAGUCACAUGUUAACUCACACAGGAGAGAAACCUUUCAGCUGCUCAGUCUGUAGAACAUCUUUUGCACAGCGCAAUCAGUUAAAGAUUCACAUGUUCACUCACACAGGAGAGAAACCUUUCAGCUGCUCAGUCUGUAAAACAUGUUUUGCACAGAGCAGUCAUUUAAAUAGUCACAUGUUAACUCACACAGGAGAGAAACCUUUCAGCUGCUCAGUCUGUAAAACAUGUUUUAGACACAGAGGAACUUUAAAGAGUCACAUGUUAACUCACACAGGAGAGAAACCGUUCAGCUGCUCACUCUGUAAAAGAUGUUUUACACUGAGCAGUCAUUUAAAAAAUCACAUGUUAACUCACACAAGAGAGAACUCAUUUUAGUUGUUCUGGUUUUGGUAAAGUUGACAUUUAUUCGACUCCCUCACUUGUCAACAAGACCUUGAGAAACUGGACCUCCCUCGUUUGGGGCAGUGACUCACUUCCAACUGGGAGGACUCUAUCCACUAACCUCUACGAAGCCAUCUCCACUAAGAGAAUAUCGUCUGGGCAGAGUAGUCACCGUGUUUGUUUUGUUUAGCUUUACCUGCCCUGUUCUUUGUCAUCGGGUGUUUUAUGAACCCCCGAGUGUUCCUGUUGUGCUUGUAGCUGCUGUCAUAGCGAUCCAGUCUGCUGAGCUUUGUUGAGUUGAGAUCCUCCACCAAGAAUAUGUCAGCAGACUGUAUUUCAUCAGUUAUCGGUCCAGUGACGCGGCUUUUGUGUGAUACAAUUACAGUUACUGUACUUUACUGCUGCGUUGAGGAUCUGCCUUGUUUGGAGUGCUUUCGUCUUAUUUUUGCUUCCAUCCACUCUCAUCCGCUUAGUCCGGGGUCGGGUCUUGGGGGCAGCAGACCCAGCAGGCUGACCCAGACUUCCCUCUCACCUGCAACAUUUUCCAGCUCUUUCUGGGGGAUCCUGAGGCGUUCCUAGGCCAGCAGCGAGAUGUAAUCCCUCCAGCGUGUCCUGGGUCUUCCCGGGGUCUCCUCCCAGUUGGACGUACUUGGAAAACCUCUAAAGGGAGACAUCCAGGAGGCGUCCGAAUCAGAUGCCCGAACCACCUCAGAGGACUCCUUUCGAUGCAAAGGAGUAGCGGCUCAACGCCAAGCUCCCUCCUGAUGUCUGAGCGCCGUACCCUAUCUCUAAGGCUGAGCCCGGCCACCCUACGGAGGAUAUUCGCGACCUUGAUCUUUUGGUCACGGCCCAAAGUUCGUGACCAUAGGUGAGGAUUGGAACGUAGACCGACCAGCAAAUUGAGAGCGUUGCCUUUCGGCCCAGCUCCUCUUCACCAAGACGGUCCGCUAUAGCGCCUGUUUUACUGCUGCAGCCUGUCGAUCUCUCUCCAUCUUACCCUCACUCGUGAACAAGACCCCGAGAUGCUUGAACUCCUUCGCUUGGGGCACUCUGUCCCACCUGGAGGGAGCAGUCCACCGGUUUCCGGCAGAGCACCAUGGCCUCAGAUGUGGAGGUGCUGACUCUCAUCCCCGCCGCUUCACACUCGGCUGCAAAACACCCCGAAAAUAAAGAUGGUUAAACAAACUGUCAAGCUGAUACAGACUCCAACACAAGUGUAUUCAGCUAAGAUUAAGCUACUUUAGAAUUAGAUUUAUAGAAAAUAGGUUGUAUAUAGACUAGUGCUGUGAAAAAUAACGCGUUAACUCAGUUAAUUAAAUUACAGGUUUAACUUCGUUAUUUUUUUUAACGCAUUUAACACAUGCGCAGAAUGAGCUUCCAAUCCGUCUGUUGUUGGUCGUCUCGAUCCAGCAGCAUGUCAUUCUGUCUCUAGUGUCACGUUAACACGACUC